CCCUCCAGAUAUUUCCUACGUCCAUGGUCGGCGCACUGUCGUUGUCGUCGUCGUCUGUGGUGGCCGGAGCCGGAGCCUCGUCGAGUUUCAUGGACGAAUAAUCGCGGCGCGGAGCGGACAGGAGCGGAGGAAAGAGCGGACGUUACGCAGCGUGGAUACGACCGUCCGUCGUGUGGAUCUCCGCGGGAGCCGAUCAGCGACACGGCGACGAGAAUGAGCGAGCUCGUUUGGGGGAUAAAGAACGGCGAUCUCGAGCAAGUGCGGGACAUCGUCGAGAACAAGAACAUUGAUGUAAAUCAAAUAAUCGAUGGAAGGACGCCACUACAUUAUGCAGCGGACUACGGUCAGAGCGAAGUUGUCAGAUAUUUACUGGAGAAAGGAGCAAAUGUCAAUGCUACAGAUAAGCAUGGAAUCACGACGUUGCUGGCGGCGGUCUGGGAGGGGCACACGAACUGUGUAAAACUGCUGCUGGAGAAAGGCGCUAGGCCGGACGGCCUGACGCCCGACGGCAAGAGCUACGUGGACGCGGCCGACAAGGACGAGAUCAAGCAGCUCUUGAAGCUCCACUAGCAUAAAGCCAAACAAAAUGCGGAAUCAUAAUUUUGUUACUUUAGUACGUUCGUGUUCCUCCUUAUAGAGAGAGACUAUUCUACCAGCUUUGUUUUGAUUUCUCGCCUAUGAUGACUAGAGUACGUCGUAUUUAAGCACUCUAAAUUAAAUGAACAUAGGGUACGCGGAUGCUGUUUUAUAAUAAUAAUAAUGAUAAUGUAUUGCAUGCCGAGAAAUUACAUGACGGAUGACUUCUCGCGGUAAUUAAUCCUUCAUGGUUCUAAAUAUACAUAUAAGUUACAGAUUUAUAUCGUAACAAGAUAUUAUUCUUUCGUGGCUGAGUGACGGGUUACGAGAGUUAGUUUAAUUUAAAUUUAAAUCGUACAUAUAUACAGAUAUAUACAUAAUGUAAUUUUGAUAUAUAUUUUGAUCUAUUCUAUAAGGGCGGCACAUAUUGUUUGUUAUUAAUUUAUAAAUCCCGAAAGCCUUUUUAUACAUUUUUAUGUCACGAUCGCUCGAAUCGCAUAUUAUUCCAUUUUAAAUCCGAUAUAUUUUCAUGGCGGCGACAUACGAGCCCCUUGUACUCUUAAGCAAAGAGCAAAAACUCUCCUUUGAGAUACCUGUGUGCUGAGUUGAAUUCUGAACGACGUAUGUAUAAAUUGCGAUAAAAAAAAACAAGUAAUACGUUUGCAACGCUAACAACGUGUAAUGUGUCUAAUGGAUGCUAAGAAUGUACAAUAAUCAAAAGUAAUAAGCAAAUACAUCAUUGUUAUAAACGCUGCUCUCAUUUUCUCCAGUCGUAAAGCCAUUCCGUAGAUGUCGCGCUUCCGAAAGAGAGGAAAAGAAAUGUACUUUUUCAUAUUAUAAAAUUACACCUACUAUUUACAGAAAUUGCAAAAAAAUUGUAUCAACUAAGCAAUAUGUCACAUCUACAUGAUACAUAAAAGAUCAAACGCCACACUGCAGAUUUUUUAUACAUAUAUGAAGUGUUUUCAAAUAAAUGUACGUUUCAUG